UAUAUCCUCCCUGCCCCUCAUCCACUUUCUCUUCCUUGUCUCGAGGCAGAUUGACCUAUCGUGAACACCCCAAACCUCUCAAAGCAUGGGGAAAGAAUCAACCGACUCAUCUCUUGGCCGCGUGCAGGUGCGGCAACCCGGUUCAAUUGAGGGCGGGGUGGACCAUGAAUUUGAAAAGAAAUUGGUGCGAAAGUUGGAUAAUCACAUUGUUCCUAUGAUUAUGCUUUUGUAUUUGUUUUCGUUCUUGGAUAGGGUUAACAUUGGUAAUGCCCGGUUGUAUGGAUUGGAGGAGGAUUUGGGACUCAAAGGGAAUCAAUUCCAGAUCUCAGUUUCGAUUUUGUUCGUGACAUAUCUUGUAUUUGAGAUCCCAAGUAACCUUGUAUUAAAAAAGUUGACGCCCAGACGAUACAUCGCAGCGAUAACCACAAUCUGGGGCAUUAUCGCAACCUGUACCGGCCUCGUGAACUCCUACGGGGGCCUCCUCGCCUGCCGUCUCCUCCUCGGCGCCGUAGAAGCUGGUUUGUUCCCCGGGCUAGCAGUCUACCUUACAUUCUUCUAUACCCGCAAAGAGCUCGCCCUACGCAUCGGCUAUCUCUUUGUCUCUGCUGCGCUGGCCGGUGCCUGCGGGGGUCUCUUAGCCUACGGGAUCGGCUUCCUAGAUGGGAGGAGUGGAAUGAAGGGAUGGCGGUGGAUCCUUAUAAUCGAGGGAUUACCGACGAUUGUGCUCGGGUUGGUGACGUAUUUUGUUCUGGCAGAUAAUCCGGAGGAGGCGGGGUACUUGACCGAGGAGGAGAAGAGGUUCAUGAUUGCCAGGAGAGCGCGAGAGGUAACACAGACUACCAGCGCCCAGGAGUUUCACUGGGGGGAUGUUAGGAAGUGCUUUUUGGAUUGGAAAUGUUGGGCGUUUGCAUUCGCGCAGUUCGGAAUAGACACUAUGCUAUACGGUCCCUCCCUCAUCUUUGCCUCCACUCCUCUAGCUUCCAUACUAACCCCACCCCCAGGAUUUAGCACGUUCCUCCCCACAAUCAUAAAAGCCAUUGGCCACUGGUCCACAGCACAAGUCCAAGCCCUUACAAUCCCCUGCUACGCCCUCGGCGCACUCACAUACCUUAUCGUAGCACACAUCUCUGACAAGCAGCAACGCCGAGGUAUGUAUACCGUAAGCUUCGCUUGCAUCUCCAUCGUCGGGUACGGGAUUCUCCUAUCCGACGCUCCCAGUGGUGCGCAUUACUUUGGUUGCUUCCUCGUUGCUAUAGGGUUGUACGUGUCUGUGGGGUUGCCGCUAGCUUGGCUUCCGAACAAUUGCCCCAGGUACGGGAAGAGGGCCGCUGCGUCGGGGUUUCAGCUUACUGUAGGGAACGCGAGUGGGAUUAUGGCGCCGUUUGUAAAAUCAUACACUAAGGCUACAAGCAGAUACACAAAGGGCCAUGCAGUAUCCCUAUCAAUGGUGGGCUUUGCGGCUAUCAUUUACACUUUCCUGUGGCACUGGUUCUCAAAACUAAACAUCAGUCGAGAACGUGGCGAGGAAAAUGCAAAAAUCGUUGGCUUGAGCGAAGAAGAUAUUGCAGAGUUGGGUGAUGAAUCGUGGGUUCCGUUCGCCCCCCAGUUCACAGGUGGUUACUAA